CGAUAAGCAACUGGACCAUCUCUAUGGUCUUGACAGGGAUGAGAUAUCUGAUACAGAGUCGACAAGUGCAAUUCGUUCAAGUAGCAGUAGUAGUAGUUUUUCAUCAAGUCAAAGGUCAUUUGAUCCAAACAGUGUAGCUUCCAAUUUAGUUAUGAAAUCUAUAAACGUAGUAUGUACUGUCAUUUCUAUUAUUGUGUCAACGACCUGGCGAGUAGUGGAGACGGUAGUUGUUGAACCUGUUAAGUUAAUUACCAACAGUAUUGAAACCAUGUCUUCUUUGGUGUCUUCAAGUUCUUCAAAAAGCAGGUCGUCACAUAAAAGAUACGAUUAUCAGCCAAUAUCAAGUUUAAGAGAAAUAUUUAGCGAUAUAGUAAGAUUUGUAUCGUCAUC